UGCGCAUUUUUCCUCUCCCGCAGCAUGGUGCUCGGACUCAGACGCUCAGCGCCUCAUCUUUCUUGGAAGACUUAAAUAAACCAGCAGAAAGCUUUCCACACCACCUGUUUCCUACCUUCAGAGACAAGAUGCAGGAAGUGGACCGCACCCAGGCAGGCUUGCAGCGGGCGUUCAGUGUCCUGGACCGCCUGCUGCUCACUCAUCCUGUGUGGCUGCAGCUGUCACUCAACCAGGACUCCGCUCUAUACAUCCUGCUCAGAGAGCCUAUUGGGACUUUUCUGGUUCGUAAGUGCAGCUCCAGCCAGAGGAAGGUACUGUGUUUGAGGGUGACAGCUGACAGAAGUGCCUCCUCUGUUAAGGAGUGCUUCAUCUGUGAGGAGGACUCCACAUUCGCCUUGGAGAGCUCAGCACUCAGCUUCCCGGACUUGUGUCGUCUGGUGGCCUUCUACUGUAUCAGCAGAGAUGUCUUGCCAUUUCCUCUUCAGCUACCAGAGGCCAUUGCCAACGCCACAACACACCGGCAGCUGGAAGCCAUCUCUUACAUGGGGCAGGACUUUUGGAGCUCACCGAGUGCUGUCGACAUCCAAAAUGGGCCUUUAGGGCCUGUUGCAUCAACCAGCAGCACCCAAGCCCAAAUGGGAGGGACUCAAGACAGAUGUUCUUUUAUGACACGAGGCAAACAAGGCAAAGUCUGCUUCAUCAACCCCCUCUUUCUUCAGUUGGAGGUUAGCAAGCAACAGCCACAGCACACAAACCACAGCGCCUCCAAUAAACGGCACCGCUUCAAGCGCAGCAUGCGUCUGCGGCUUUCAGAGUCCUCCAUGAAUUUGUCCCUGGAAGGCGUGGGUUCCUACUCACCUCCCCCAUCGCUGGAGCAACCUGGAGGCUCGGAGGGGCUGCACAAAUCUAGUCCUAAUCCUCAAAGAAGAGUACAUGCAGGGGCUGGUGUCCUCAGGAGAACCCCAGCAGUAUCACCUGGGUCAGCAGAGGAAGAUGACAUGAUGGCAGUAUAUGUGCCACAGACAUCUGCUGCUGCUGAUGAAACACCCAAGUUCCAUCAGGAGGCAGGAAUCGAGGGAACAGUUCUGGGCUUGGAGCACCGGCCAGCUCCGUCCUUGGCUGAGCUUGACAGCUGUAGCUCCUUUAGCAGCAUGGAUGACGAAAAUGACUCAGAUUCAGAACCAGAAAGCAUGUCCCAGACCCAAACAAACACCUUCCACCGCCCUCCGCUCGUCCGCUCACGAGGCCGCGGAGGCCUGCAUCGCAUGAGCGAAGCAUUUGUGUGUUUUUUUGCGCCUGACAAGCGCCUGACUCGACUGGUGGAGGAACUGGCAAGAGACAGGCGCUCAGUGUUCGGGGAGAUGAUUCAGGAUUUCCUCCAGGAGCAGAGAAAGGUGCUUAAAACACUGAGCACCUCUUCAUCAUCUUCAUCCACAGGUGUAUCUUCAGUGCAGCUUCUGCAAGGUCUGCGCCUCUUCCUGUCACAGGCAAAGUGUUGCUUGUUGGACAGCAGAGAACUUGAGCCUCCCAUUGAAACUCUUGUGCCAGAGAAUGAGAAAGACCUGGCACUAGAGCGAGCUAUGUUUUCCUGCAUCCUCCGGCCUUUAAAGUGUCCGCUUGAGAAAGCCCUGACAGCUUUUCACAACCAAGAUGGCUCCACCCAGCUCCUCACACAGAACAUGCUCCGACUGAAAGGGAACGGUGCCAUGGAGAGGCUGGGCGUGCGGACCGGGGUCCCCGAUAUCCGAGAGGUGGAGAGGGUGAAGCAGAAACUGAUCCUCAUGCAGCGAACGCACUCGCCUAUUGAUAAGGUGCUGUUACUGCUCCAAGUGUGCAAGUUUGUGCACAAGGCGAUGGGGACCUUACAUGGAGAAGAUGUAAGCUGGGAUGACUUUCUUCCUGCGCUAUCCUAUGUGAUAGUAGAAUGUAACAGGCCUCAGCUGCUUAUAGAGGUGGAGUACAUGAUGGAGCUGCUGGAGCCUUCCUGGCUUGGCGGAGAGGGUGGCUACUAUCUGACCAGUGUAUAUGCCAGCCUGUGUCUGAUCCAGAGCCUGGAGCAGGAUCCACCUUUUUCUGGCUGUCUAACACCACAAGUGCAGGAUGCUUUGAAGGAGUGGAGCAGUCGACGGACCCUGGAGGCCCAAAAACAAAAGGAGACCCAACAGAGCCAAAGGUGCGUUCGGAUACUGUUCCAGGACGGGGAGCGGAGCGCUGUGCGGACGUUGCAGUGGAGAGCCGGGGAGACCAGCCAGGCCCUGGCGCAGCUGUGUGCGUCCACCUUCGGAGUGUCCGACCCACAGCAAUAUACACUUUACUGGCGCAGCGGCGGCGAGAUGAGGGCCCUGCCAUCCCACGCCCAGCCCCAGGACCUGGCUGGGCACAGCGAGGGGGGGCCCUCGCUCUCCUACCUGAGGACCGACCACGACUUCAGCAAGAUGCGGCGGCUCACCAGAGGUGGCGCCGUGGACCUGAGCGAGUCAGUGUGCGAGGAGUGA